AGCUUCGGGGUGGAGUUUGCGGCGAGCUAGACAAUAUGUAUCAAGCAAUAUCGACAUUACGACAUAUAGACAAGGCACUUAGCCUUUAUCAAAGUUUAAUUGAUAGUGAGGAGGAAGUAACAACAGCAGAUGAAGAUCAUAAUCACGAAACUGAUGACGGGGAUUAUAAUGAAACUAAUGACGGAAG